GUCUGUUGGCCAGUCACGACUGGCGUAGUGUAAAAUUGCUUCUGGGGGACAGCGCGAGGGGCGUGUCCCAUAGUGAGAUACCUCACUCAUAUAUCAGAAAACCUUGGUUAGUUUCUUAACCAUAAGUUUCAGGAUGGCGGCGACCAGACGGCUAGCGAAGGAACUCUCUGAAAUCCGCAAAUCUGAGCUGAAGAACUUCGGAAGCAUUCAGGUUGAUGAUACAAACAUAUUGUCAUGGCAAGGACUCAUUGUGCCUGACAAACCUCCCUAUGACAAGGGGGCCUUCAGGAUUGAGAUCAUCUUCCCUCCGGAGUACCCCUUCAAGCCCCCAAAGAUCACCUUCAAGACCAAGAUCUACCACCCCAACAUCGAUGAGAAGGGCCAGGUCUGCCUGCCCCUCAUCAGCGCCGAGAACUGGAAGCCUGCCACCAAGACGGACCAAGUGAUCCAGUCCCUCAUCGCGCUGGUCGAAGACCCCCAGCCGGAGCAUCCCCUCAGGGCCGACCUCGCAGAGGAAUACUCAAAGGACCGGAAAAAAUUCUUUAAGAACGCCGAGGAGUUUACAAAGAAACACUCAGAGAGCCGAGAAAUCCUCUGAGCCUCGGCCCCGGGCCCCUCCCCCCCUCUCGCUCUGUCUCUCUCACCCGCCCAACCAAAUAUCCUCCCUCCUCCUGGCCUCCCUGAUGCACCCUGCUCUCACCUCACUCUGUCUCCUCGCUUUCUCUCUCACUCUGUCACCUCACUGUUUAACCCUCUCUCACCCUCCCCCUCUCUCCUACCUCCCCCUCUCUCUUACCUCACUCUCACCCUCUCCCCUACCUCACCCUCUCUCUUACCUCACCCUCUCUCCCCACUCUAACCGGCCCCCCUCUCCCCCCCACCCCCAGGACGGUGUUGUAUAACUCACCAUGCUGUGUCUAACUUUCUACUGUUGAAUUAAAAGCACGGAACCUGUGGUAGAGCGCCCCCUGUGAGUGUUAGAGACGGCGGUGUUUCUGGCUGUUGUAGUCCUCACGCAUAGCCCUGUUGUAUUUUAAACUAUGAUUCCCUUCCCGCUCUCCCGGAGCCCGUCUGCUGUCCCUGGCCCGGUCCAGAGGGGGAGGCCCCGGGAGCCGGCUCUAGAAGACCCUGAAGGGACAUCCCGUCCCCCCAGGGCCCUCGUUAAACACUCCCCCCGCUGGUCCACGGCUGUAUGCUUGGGUUUCUGUGCCAAAUAAAACGGCACUGAGCAAUCUGUGA